AUGGAUGAUUUGCAAAAAUAUUACGACAUGUUAAAUUCAAUAAAAAAAGGAGACACGCAGAAAGUAAAAGACAUGAUAGAGGAAUUUGGUUUAUCAUUCUCUCCAUUGUGGGAUGAUGGGUAUCGACUACUUACUACUGCCAUUCAAAAAAAUAAAGUAGAAAUAGUCGCAUAUUUAUUGCGGAAAAAUGCAAAAGUUUACAGCGAUCGUGAUUUCCUGUCACCUCUUCAGAUAGCCGCCAUGAAAAACAACACGAAAAUUUUCAAAAUGCUUCUGAAACACGGGGCUAAAAUAAGUAACGACAAUAUUCAUAAUAAUAAAUCACCAAUUGAGUUGGCAGUUGAGCACAACAAUAUUAAGAUCGCAAGACUUAUCGUUGAUCACAAAAAUUUUGGAUUAAAAUGUGAUCGGUCGUUACUGCAUAUGGCAAUCAAGAAAAACAACUUGACAAUGGUCUUAUUAUUAUUAAACAUUGGUGCGGAUGUCAAUGAAUAUGAUGACGACGGAUUCGCGCCAAUCCAUCACGCAAUAAUGGAAAACAACAAUGAUAUUUUGGAAUCACUGAUAGAUUAUGGAGCAGAUAUUAAUGCUAAAAAUAAAUAUGGAGAUACUCCAGUUUCAAUGUAUCUAUUCCAUUCGUAUGAAGGAACGUAUAUAAAGCCGAAUAGUCAAGGAUUGGAUUUAGAAGAAUUCGUUCGAAAGGGCACAAGUACAUUGGAUAUUCUCCUAGAUAAUGAUGCAGACAUAAAUGAUCUUGAUAUCCGUGAAUAUUUUUCACGCUCUACUGAUAUUUCUGCCGUGACUUUUUAUGAUGAUGGUAGUGUUGACCGUGCUAGUAUGGAAGACAAAGAAAUCAUUAUUAAACAGAUUGUAAAAUUAAAAAGUCGAAAUGCACCUCUUUCUUAUAACAGUAAUAUAUUAUUGUCUUCUUUUCUUGAAGAAAAACCGUUGGAUGAUUAUAAAAAAAUGUGUGAGCUAGAAAUUUCGAAAAUUAUCACGGAAAAAAUACCAAACUCGGAGAUUUCGCUUCAUGAUAUUUUGAGUAAAAAUUAUAACGUUUUAGCUACGUAUGCAAAAAAUAAAAAUCAUGAGACGUUCAUACGUUCUAGUGAUAUUUCAGAUCGAUAUCGGGUUUAUGGAUCGGCUAUAGAACAUCGCUUUUUGAAAGGAUUAGAAAGGAAAAAUUUGUUGGAAAUGAGUACGGAAAUUUUUCAAUAUCUUUUUCCCGUUGCGUCUAAAUUGUUGUCUGAUGCCGUCGAUGAUGUAUUUAAAUGUUUAGAUAUUAAGGAUUUAAGACAUUUUCUGCGCGUAUUCGAGCAAGAUAAUUAA